CGCCGAAUACUUUGCAAAGGGCCGUCAGCACUCGCACAUCUGUCGCGUACAGUGCACUGGAUGUUUCAGACUCGUCUGUUGAGGUUGUCGGAACAAUCUGUUAUCCCCCUCGCCGACAUGUCUUUCAUACAACCUGGGGACUCCCCGUACGAUACUCCAGAAUUAACAGCAAACAACGACGGGAACAGGCACUUCGACCGCAUGGCACAUGCUUCGCCGACUAUGUUGGAGUUACGGAAAACCCUGUCGCGCAUGCGGUCGUGGACGCGAAAGCUCUCGAAGCUGUCUUGGACCUUCUUGGAACGACAUUGGAUCACAACCUCAAUCGUGGUCAUGGUUUCAAUUGUCGCCAUCAGCAUGGCCAUUGGCUGGUCGUUACGACUACGCUUCUUUAAGGCUGAAACUUUUCCUCCAUUUAUAAAUUCCACUAACGAUAUCCUGCUGAGUGCAAACUUGAUCUCGAUAGAUCCAGUUGGGCAGACGAUGAUGAUCGAUUGGGCUAUUUAUGAUGAUGUGCAACAAGAAGGUGACUGCCAGGACGUCAAUAUCUACAUCGACCAGAAUCAGUUACGGACCGGUUCAAUAUCCAGUUCUCCUUUUGACAAUGAGAAACCUUCCCCGAUAUUCUUCGUCAAUUGCACCGACUACCUGCUCCAAACUUAUGGAGGUGACUUUCGGUUCAAUUCUUUAGAGUUCCGCACGCAAAUCGCUAUCUCGAAUCUAUGGCGGACAGCACAAGACUACCCAUUUGACAAAUAUUAUGCACAGAUAACCCUUUUCGCUCAGACUCCAGAGAAUGUCACUGUCCCCAUUGGAAUUGACGAAACGACGGGAAUUGCUGUGGGAUAUAAUGCAAAGUUCGACACGAUAGAUUCCUCCUACGGUCCGCACGGUGAACUCGUCGCAUCACUCACAAUCACCCGGGGUCAAGUAAUCCGGAUUUAUGCUAUCCUCAUUGUGCUUUCAAUUUGGCUCGUCACUUUGACGUUCGUCGCGACCUGCGUCAUUACAGUCGCUUUUGGCAAAGGCAUCAAACCUGAUAUUCUGGUUGUUCCCGUUGGUGCCCUAUUCGCCUUUACACAACUUCGGAGCACAAUGCCCGGCGCUCCUUCAGGAUUCGGUGCUGAUAUCGACUUCAUGGGCAUUCUGCCGUGUCUUGCGUUGAUGACGCUGGCGUCUGUGUUCAUGAGCGCUGUGUUCCUUUUCCGUCGCAAUCCCGAGGACGAUACCGAUCGGUGGAAGAAGCUGGUCUCGUCGCAUGGUCCAUUGGUCUAGGAGUUAUCUGAAGCAGGUCUCAGCGUUUCCUGUGAUAGCCUAUUAUUAGACUGUUUUCCUACCAUGGCUCCAAAUGAAGACGGCGUAGAGCCAGUAAUCAUCCUGAGGAUACUGUUCUAUUAGCAUCUAAUGUCUUGGACGUAUAUACAGUAGUUUCCAAGUAUAAUGUCAGUCACG